AGACAUUAGCCUCUACGCAUGUGCCCUGGAGUUGUUUUCAAAGCUUUAACAAGCAGUUGGCUCUACAGUAAACAGUGGCAGAAACAUGAACUCGGGAGCCCAUCACUAGCAUCACAGAGUUGGUGUGACCCAAGAUCCGGGUUAUAUCUGGGCACAUUGGCCUUUAGAGCAGCACCGGGUGAAUGAAACCCCAAACGAACACGUUGCUCAAGUGAGAAGACCAACCAGAACAGCCUGUUCUUCACCGGCUGUGGCGGCCGAUGACCAAAGAAUGUAUCUUUUUGGAGGAGAAGAUGUGACGCAGAAUCCUGUACGGCUUAUACAGAAAAUUGUGGUUCCGAAUGAAAACCAGAAUGGUCAAAAAUGUUUGUGCAACUGCAAUGGUGAUGGAGACAAGAUUAUUAUUGUCAGAGCCUACACCAAGAGGAUCAUUGCUUAUAAAGCAGAACAAGUCUAUGAAAUGUGCAGACAUGAAGAAUGCACCAUGGUGCCACAGUCCUACAGAAUAAGCUCUAUGUUACAGGGGGUCGAUGUCUGACCGCGGAUAAUACCAUUGAAGAUUCGGAUUCAUUUGAGUUCUAUGACCUGGACACAGAUACAUGGACAUCACAAGGGAAGCUACCCCACAGGCUGUUUGACCAUGGGUGCCUAACACUGCACUGUGUCCCAUCUCAUUUACAUUAGACAAAAGAGUUCUAAGCUUCCAGUCGCAUGACCAGAGCCCCCUACCAAAAAAUCUUCUGAGGGGCCUGGCAUACUCCAAUCCUAGGGUUGCCACCUUUACUCAAAAAGAUUACCGGCCAUUGGGGGGCGGGCACAAAAAAGGGGUGGUCCGUGACGUAAAAGGGGUGGAGCUACGCAAUGUGCCACAAAAGGGGCGGAGCAAUAUCGCAGAGAUGUCCACCGCGCUGGAAGGUAAGUUCUUUGCAAAUUGGGGGCAGGCCAGAGGCUUUUUUUUUUUAAAGGGUAUUACAAAUUACCGGCAACUGCAUUGCCGG